AUGGCGGGCUCAUCUUCUCAGUUUCAGCAACUCGAGAAGUUAGGUGAAGGGACAUAUGCCACUGUGUAUAAAGGUAGGAAUAGAGCCACUGGAGCUUUAGUAGCUCUAAAGGAAAUUAGCUUGGAUAGUGAAGAAGGUACGCCAUCUACUGCGAUUAGGGAGAUUUCGCUCAUGAAAGAGUUGGAUCAUGAGAACAUAGUAACGUUAUACGAUGUAAUACACACCGAGAACAAAUUAACCUUGGUAUUUGAGUAUAUGGACAAAGAUUUGAAGAAAUAUAUGGAGGUUCACGGAGAUCAUGGCGCAUUGGACAUAAAAAUUGUCAAAAGUUUUAUGUUUCAAUUGUUGAAAGGUAUAAUGUUUUGUCAUGAUAAUCGUGUGUUACAUCGUGAUUUAAAGCCCCAGAAUUUGUUGAUUAACAACAAAGGCGAGUUGAAAUUGGGUGACUUUGGAUUGGCUAGGGCUUUUGGUAUUCCAUUCAAUACCUUUUCAAACGAAGUUGUCACUUUGUGGUACAGAGCACCAGAUGUGUUGUUGGGAUCAAGAGCCUAUACCAGCUCUAUAGACAUUUGGUCAGCCGGCUGUAUUUUUGCUGAAAUGUGUACAGGAAAGCCCUUGUUUCCCGGCACAACUAACGAAGAUCAAUUAAUCAAGAUUUUUAGGUUGAUGGGUACUCCAAAUGAAAGAACAUGGCCCAACAUUACCCAAUUUUCAAAUUACAAGAACAACUGGCAAAUUUUCGUACCUCAAGAUUUAAGAUUAUUGGUGCCAAGUUUGGACUCAAUGGGGAUGAAUUUGUUACAAAGUUUGUUACAAAUGAGACCAGAGGCUAGAAUUACUGCAAGACAAGCUUUACAACAUCCUUGGUUUCAUGAAAUUACGUUGCCUACACCAACGCAGCAUCCGUUGAGUGAUCCAUAUCAUCAUCAUCAGCAGCAGCAGCAACAACAGCAGCAGCAACAGCAACAACAACAACAACAACAACAGCAACAGCAACAGCAACAACAACAACAGCAGCAGCAACAGCAACAACAACAACAUCAUCAACAUAUAAUAGAUCAGCAAUAUUGA